UAGGCUUUAGAUCCAGAGGUCCCAGUGAAGGAAGCCGCUCAGCGAGCCCUGCAGAAGAGCCACAAACUGCUGAACGAAGCCAAACAACUUCAAAAUGAUGUCAAAGAGAAUGAAGAUGGUGUGUCCGGGCUGAAGGGCAGAGUCAAAGCAGCGAGAGACAUGACCAAAGACCUUCUGAAAGCUGUCAACGGAACCAUGGCAAUGCUCAACUCUAUCCCCAAUGACACAGCAGUUCAGCUAGCAGCCACAAAGGCCGUAGCAGCAGAUGCUAACGCCACCGCCAUCGACGUCCUGGAGCGCCUCGGGGAUUUGAACCUGCAACUCCAUGGCCUCCAGAGCAACUACAGCGAUCUGGAGGACACCGUCAAAACAGCUAAUGACAUGAUCCAGGACCCGGAGAAAAGCACCAUCAUCCACGCUGCAGGAGCUAAAGUGAAGGACUUAGAGGAUGAAGCUGAUAGGCUGUUGGAGAAGCUGCAGCCAAUCAAAAAGCUGCAGGACAACUUGAGGCGUAACAUCUCUCAAAUCAAAGAACUGAUCAACCAAGCCAGGAAACAAGCUAACUCGGUUAGUAG